AUGUCGAUUUUGCACUGGAAGAGUAGAUAUUGGUUUGGUAUUGUGACUUUAAAGCAUGUUUGUAGAAUAAACAUCAAAAUCUCGAAUCCUGAGCUAAAAGGUGGCAUCGCGGCGCAACCAAAACAGAGCCUCGGCGUUGAGUAUCGCCUGGGAAAAUUUGGUUUGGUCGGUAACAAUAUCGACAAUGGAAGGGAAGGAAGGGACUCUGGUGGUUGGGACUUAGGGAGUGGGGCUGGUUCAACUAGACACCAAGGGACGGAAAUGAUUAUUUCUGCACUUAAACAUGGUGGUGUUGAUGCAGUUGGCGGUUAUGAUGGUGCAGGAGAUAGUGUUGGAGGCAAUGGAGCUAGUGGUGGUGGUGGUUUUGGCGUCAACAGUGGUGGUGCUAUUGGAGAUGGUGGUGUUGAUGCAGUUGGCGGUUAUGAUGGUGCAGGAGAUAGUGUUGGAGGCAAUGGAGCUAGUGGUGGUGGUGGUUUUGGCGUCAACAGUGGUGGUGCUAUUGGAGGUAGUAAUGAGAUGGUGGUCACAAGUGUCGAUAGUCAUCACAAAUUAUUUGGUUGA